AUGGCGAAGGUCAGUAGGACGGGGAGAAACAGAAACCUGGAAACCCUGCUGGUCAUGGACAAGUCGGUGAAAAUUGAGAACCAGGCUGUCACGCAUGAACCCCGGAAAAUGAUUCCAGGCCAAGGACUGGAGUUUAGUAACCUUUCCUAUAGUGUGCCGAAGCAGCAGAAGAAGGAUGGCGCGACAAUCACCAAAGAAGUUUACCUUCUUAAUGAUCUUUCUGGCCAGGCAGUUAGAGGUGAAAUCAUGGCCAUCUUGGGGCCUAGCGGGGCUGGAAAAUCCACGUUUCUGGACGCCUUGGCUGGGAGGAUUGCUCGUGGAAGUCUUGAGGGGUCUGUCAAAAUCAAUGGAAAGCCGGUUUCCGCAAGCUAUAUGAAGAUGGUUUCUUCUUAUGUAAUGCAAGAUGAUCAGCUCUUUGCCAUGUUGACAGUCUUUGAGACCCUCAUGUUUGCAGCUGAGGUUAGGCUUCCUCCUUCAAUUUCCAGAUCAGAGAAGAGAAAACGAGUUUUCGAGCUCAUUGAUCAACUGGGCUUACAGAGUGCAACCCAUACAUAUAUCGGCAAUGAAGGCAGACGGGGAGUGUCCGGUGGAGAGCGGCGGAGAGUAUCUAUAGGGAUUGAUAUAAUCCACAAGCCACCGCUGCUGUUCCUGGAUGAACCCACCUCCGGUCUGGACUCUACAAGCGCUUACAGUGUGGUGGAAAAGGUUCAGGACAUUGCAAGAAGUGGUAGCAUUGUCCUCAUGACCAUACACCAACCAUCUUUCAGAAUCCAGAUGCUCCUCGACCGUAUCACAGUCCUAGCAAGGGGCAGACUGAUAUAUACUGGAAGACCAACUGAUCUUCCUACCUACCUCUCUGCAUUCGGAAGACCAGUUCCAGAUGGUGAGAACAGCCUUGAAUAUCUCCUGGAUGUGAUCAAAGAGUAUGAUGAAUCAACCAUAGGAGUUGAUCCUCUUGUUCUGUACCAGCGGGAUGGCAUCAAGCCUGAUCAAGUGGCAAGAACCCCUAUUCCAAAAACACCCAAGACCCCCAACACUCCUUACAGAAAGACUCCUGCAUCACAGCUUUUCAGUCUCCGAAGCCAACCAUUUUCGACUGGGAAUUCGACUCCUCGGCUAGAUGCUCAUUACAAUGAUGAUGACGAUGAUGAUUUUGACAACUCCCUUGAAAGAAAAAUCGCAACACCAAAGCAUUUUCAUGGUAGUGCUGCUUAUAAUCCACGAUUGGCUUCUCAUUUCUACAAGGACUUCCCGGUUUGGCUCUAUAAUGGUGUCAAGGGGACCCCUCGUCGUCCACCUACAUGGACUCCGGCAAGAACUCCAGGCCGAACACCUGGAAAAACACCCAUGGCCGGCCCAAGAAGAUAUGUUUCAAGCCGGUACUCAUUACCUCAGCAGACACCUGCCCACGUAAAAACUCCAGUGUUCAGCCCUUCUGCAGAAACAUAUGAAGCUUCCUAUGAGUUGGAGAUGGAAGUACUAGAUGAGCCAGAACACAGGGCCAAAUUUGCAAAUCCAUGGCUUCGCGAAGUAGCAGUACUGUCAUGGCGGAACAUACUCAAUAUCAUCCGCACCCCAGAGCUCUUCCUCUCCCGUGAGAUCGUUCUGUUGGUUAUGGCUCUCAUCCUCUCUUCUCUCUUCCCAAACCUGGGAGACGAUAGCUUGAAGACAGUGAACCGGCUUCUUAAUUUCUAUAUCUUUGCAGUCUGUCUUGUCUUCUUCUCUUCCAAUGAUGCCGUUCCAACCUUCAUCCAAGAGCGAUUUAUCUUCAUGAGAGAAACAGCCCACAAUGCAUACCGGGCUUCUUCUUACGUCGUAUCGUCCCUCAUUGUCUACCUCCCGUUUUUUGCCAUUCAGGGCCUCACGUUUGCCAUGAUCACCCGGUAUAUACUCCACCUGAAAAGCGACGUCAUCUUCUUCUGGCUAAUCCUUUAUGCAUCACUCAUCACCACAAAUGCUUAUGUGAUGCUUGUUAGCGCACUGGUGCCAAGCUACAUCACAGGUUAUGCUGUCGUCAUUGCCACCACUGCUCUUUUCUUCCUAUCUUGUGGGUUCUUCUUGAAGCGAACUAAAAUACCCAACUACUGGAUCUGGCUCCAUUACAUAUCUGCAAUCAAAUACCCAUUUGAAGCAUUACUGAUAAAUGAGUUCCAAGGCACCCGCUGCUACAAGGGAUCUCCUGCUGAUCUUUCGCCAGGCCCUCUUGGUAACUUGAACUACAGCCCAGAGCACAACAAAUUUGUAUCAAUAAACUGCACAUUGAUAGGUGAUGAUAUUCUGUCCUCCAUGGAUCUUCAGUUGAAGAACAUUUGGUAUGAUAUUGCUAUCCUGUUGGGGUGGGGAGUUCUUUACCGCCUCUUCUUCUACGUGGUUCUGAGAUUUUACUCCAAGAAUGAGAGGAAAUGAAGUUUCCACAGUACCUAUGUAUUUGAUCUCUCUUUCCACUUCCAUGCCUGUCUUUUAAGUUUCAGAACAUAGCUAAUACAUAAUUCAUAUAGUAUCGGAAUACAUGUAUUUAUA